UCUGCAGCGGCCGUUUCGGAGCUCCGACCGAAGCCGGCUCGAAAGUCACGGAGGAAGGUGAGCAAAAGCUCGGCCAGCCGCGUCUCCGCCGGUUCGCGGGGAUCAGCGAACCGGGACUCCGGCAGAGACACGCCGAGCGGAGCUCCUGCAGGAGAGAAUCCCAGUGACGGGUAGGACCCGAGUCCGGUUUUGCCAUGAAAAAAGUCAACUUUCUCUUGGCCGAGAUCCACGAUUUUACGUCGGAGGAGGCUCAGCAGCUGCUGCACAACAAAUUUGUGGUUGUGAUAGGGGACUCUAACUACCGUGCAAUAUAUAAAGAUUUGGUCUAUUUUCUGCAGAAGGAUGAGAUGAUCCCUACCGCAGAGCUGAAGGAGAAGCAUGAGCCGACUUUCUCCAAGGACUGCCUGGUGGAAUUAAACGAGUCUUCCGGAAACGAUUACCGUUUGGUGCGCCAGUACCGCACCCGACACCACCUGGUGCGCUUCUACUUCAUCACCCGAGCUUAUUCGUCCUACGUAGACAGCAUCAUGAAUGACUUCCGAGCAGCCCUGGAGGCCGAUCUGGUGCCCGACGUUGUUAUCGUGCAUUCUUGCCUCUGGGACCUCAACAGGUAUCAUGAUAAGUUUCCCACGGAGCCGCCACUCCCCAAAGCGAUCCGAGAAUACCGCCAGAACACGGAGAAGCUCUUCCAAGCGUUGGACGAAGUUCUUCCUUCCAGCACUCUCAUAAUUUGGAACACGGCCAUGUCCAUCACGAAAGACGCCCGUGGAUACGUCGUUGAGCAACCCUGCAAGAUGUCAGCUGAGGAUAUGAUCGAAGCCAACUUCUACAGCACCAACCUGGCCCGAGCGUUCUGGUUCGACGUCCUGGACCUCCACUACUACUUCCGGUUCCUGCAGGACCUCCACGCCCCCGAUGGCACCCACUGGAACUUCCGGGCCCACCGCUACCUGACGAAGCUCCUGCUCACCCACCUGGCCGAAGCUUGGCAGGUCCAGCUGCAGAAAGAGAGGCCGCUGAUGGGCAUUCAGAAGUUCCGAAAAACGUCUCCCUGGAGGAACCUGGAACCUGCCCCUCCUCAGCUGAUCCCCACCCUGUGGACCAACGGCUCAGCCCGGAGCUAUUCCAAGAGACCUUCUCACCUCAGUCGUAAAGCCUACAAAAAGAGGCUCAGAGCAAGGCUGAGUCAGUGUUCCUAUUCGCCUGUCCAGCUUGGGGUCCCCAACGAUGGGCUUCACCGUGAACACAACCCUUGGCCCUCUGCCGCUCUCCCCGACCCCCAGAAUUCUCCCACUGGCUUGCCCUGGGUACCCCUAAGAUCAUCUGAAUGCCUUCAACCUGUUCUGCGUUAUUACCCUUGUGGCCCAGAACGUGGAGGCUACAACAGGUGGCCUGUAGGUUCUCUUGAACAAGAGCAUCUCCUUCAACCCGGUCCAGAUUUUAAUUCUCGUGCCUCACGUUCCGUGGGCAGGGAUAGUUGGCCCAUACCUUCAUUUGAAGGAGAACAGUGCCUUCCCCGCCACUACGACGGUCACUCUCAUGACCCAUUCUAUGCUGGCUAUGAUGCUACACCCAUAAGUGGAGAGGAGCAUCACCUUCAACCCAAAGCAGGUUGUUCUUUGGUCCCAGAUAGUUCUGGUGGCCAUAGCAGACCCAUACAGCAAGGUGUCCCAUUCUAUUCCAGUCCUUGUGAGCCUCUAUUCCAAGAUGGCAGUCCCAGCAGCUUCGCUGACCAGGGGCCAGGAUUCCACCCCUAUAACCCCCCUCAUUUCCCACAAGGCGUGAGUGAUGCCAGCGGACCCUUGAAUAUUGUGGAACAGGAGCAGUGUCUCCAGCCCCAUAAUUAUUUCCAAGAUGCCCACGAACCCAAUCAUGACAGUUGGGUCAUGGGUUCGCCCGAGGAGGGCCCGUGGCCCCCGUUUCAUCCUAGGGGAGACCUUCCUGUCCAUCACAAUGUUAGGAAUGGCCCUUGGUCCACAGACGGAGAUGGAGGAGAUCCGGGCUUCCCAUUCCACAUGGAUGAAAAUCAUCCCCAUUGCUUCUCUGGGCCGGAAUCCUUUACUCACGAGGAAGGCUGGGAUCCUUUCAGCCUGUCAUGGAGAAUACCCUGUGGGGCCUGGAAUGGGUCCCGGAAGAUGCUCCCAAACCGCCCUCGACGUGCUCACCACAGACGCCAAGCCUGUGCCCCUUACGCUGCCAGCAGGAAGAGAUCCAGGGACUCUUAUUAAUCUGGUGCCCAUCCCAACCAGGGGCUGUUCUGUUCGGCGGUUUGUGCUGUGACCCAGUAGGUGGUAGUAAAUGCAAUCAGUUCAAAAACAAACAGACUUUAUUAGAACAGCUGAGAAUUAACUCAUUCUCAGCAUCGUCCAAACUAAAUCAAAGCAAAUUCUUCCUAACACAAUUCUUCAGUCUUAUCACCAACCUUGGUCUAAUUAGGCAAACUGCGAACUAACUUUCUUGGCAAAAGUUCAAAAGCAGAAGACGCCGUCAAGAAAUAAAUGCAGCAAGACAAGGAGCAAGUCUAUCAAUGUUGUUUUCCCACAAAGAGCCCAAGAGCCGUUGCUGGUCUUUUAAGAGGGGCCAAUCAUCUCUUGGCCCUACUCCCGAGUCAUCCUCUUUCCUUUAGCUGCUCUUGCCUUCUGGCAGCUCUUCUCAUGCUCCUCCUGUUCCUCUGCCUCACUACUCUCAGCCUCUGGAGGCUCCGGAGUCUGCACAUCACUCCCGGAUGGCCCUGGCCCCACCUCAGCCUCCGAUGCAGAGCCCUCAUCUGGGCCUUCCCCAGCCUCCAGGACUGGCCCAAGCUCUUCCUCAGCCUCAUCGCUGUCUGACUCCGUUGCCAGCUCUGCAGGCUGCUGGCGGACCACAAUAGUUUGACAAACAUGGCGGGACCGUUUUUUUUCUCCCAGGCUGCAGUUCCAUCUUUGCCCAUUGUAGAAAUGCUAGUUUGAGCAUCUCGGUUAUGGAGCAAUUUGGAGUUGAAGAGCCAACAAUUUGGGAUUUCUGAGGUUGAUGAAAUGUUUGGGGGGGGAAAAAAUCAGAAUCCGGUCUGGGAGCUGGUGAGGUUGUGACAUCAUGCAAGACCAGGGAAAGGGGCUAUGGGGACAGGUUAGGUCAGUAGUUUUCAAACUUGGCUCCUUUAAGAGCUACAUGGAGUUCAACUCCCAGAAUUCCCCAGCCAACAUGGCCAAUUCUGGGAGUUGAAGGCCACACAUCUUAAAACAGGGAUCUCCAAACUUGGCAGCUUUAAGACUUGUGGACUUCAACUC